AUGUCCACCCGAACACGCCGUAAGCGGCGUACCCGCAGCGAAUCGCCCGCCCGCGAUGUGAACCCCAGGGUCAGAGACCGAGAGGACCACGCGGUCGCCGAAAAUGCGUACUUUACUGAAAGUGAUCGGUUCGUAUUUAGACCCCCUCUGCUUUCCACCUGUUCCCGCCUUAUUCAUCUUCUCUAUCUCGCACCUAUGAAGCCGUCCGCCUCCUUGGGGGUCCGCUCAUCCUCCGACGAGACCGCCGCCUCAGAGCCAAGCAUAACACCCGAAAACCCACCAGAUGGCCCCCGCUCAAUGCACUGGCAGCACGAACUCACGCCCGAGCCAGAAGAAUAUGCACCCAGACAGGAAAGAGGCCACUACAAUGUUUCGAUACCUAGGCCGCCAGCUGCCCCUCGAGCAAUGUUACCCCAUGAGCGCUCUUACAACGCCCCUACGACAGCUGCUAAUAUACCACCUGCUGCCCCGCGAGCACCAUACCAAGGUUUUUACGGCUCCUCUACGGUAGCUGCCAGUUAUCAAUGGGCCGUCACCUGCCCCGCGAGGGGUAUUGCCCCACCAAAGUGCCUACAACCCCCCGAAUGCAGGUAUCAAUGGGCCACGAAGUGUCCCACGAGCGAUGCCUGGUGUCGAUGCACCGCCAACUGCCCCGCAAGGGAUGUUACCCCACCAAAGCACGUACAAUCCUCCCAAUACAGGUAUAAAUGGGCUGUCAACGAGACCGCGAGCAGUAUUACCCCACCAAAAGCAAAUACUCCAGUCUCUAACAGCCCUCCCACCACAGCAUAUGAUAUUGUUACAGGCAUCAAUGGACCAUCAACAGCCCGUGCGGCACCAGCGCAACGUCUUAGAGCAGUGACUCCAGUCUCUAGCGACAAUCCCAUAGCUUCUAUUGCAAAUAGUAUCCAUAAUCCGCAAUAUAGUGCUCAAGCUGUUCCUGCUACUAGCGGCAAUGCUUCUGCUCGUGGUCUACAUGGUCCGCAUGGUGGAAACAGCAUUCAUGCUGCCCAUGAUUUGCAGGCAUUGCGUAGUGAAGAUGAGGCGAAUGUCGCUCGCGCUCAAAAUUUCGUUGCAAAUAAUUUUAACGGUCGAGAGAACGACCAAGGGAGCGGUCAAGGGAAUAGCCAUAAUAUUCAAAGAAAUCAACCACAGAGUGUCGCUAGAGAGAGUCGAGUUGCACAUGGCCGUGGCCCAUAUGAUAGGAAUGGUCCGGCAGUAGAUUUUGAUGACCAUAGGGAUGGUAGGGCUCGUGAUCUGAGACGGAAUAGAGAUGGCGGGGUUCAUGAUCAGAGAAAUAAUAGGGGCAACGGUGGCGAUUACUCCAGAGACUUUCGUGGCAAUAACAACAAUUUGACUCCAAGGGUAGUUGGGGCAGAUGGAGAACUUCCGGAAAAAGUUUCAAAUACUAUAAAUGGAAAGACCCUUAAGCUACCAACUCGUAGGCUCGAGAACACCAGUAGUCAUUCAAGAAUCACAGUAUUCACAAAUCACUUUGAAGUUAAAUCGCUUCCAUGCAUCGAUAUUUUCCAAUAUGAUAUCCGGGUUACUGGCGAUCCAAGGAGGUCUGGCGGAUAUUUGGACGAAUCCGAGAUUCAACAAUGCUCUCCGAGUAUGGUAAGAAAGGUCAUGGAGAAUCCAGAGAUAAAAAAUAUUCUUGGGCAUGGCUUUGUCUUUGAUGGUGUCUCCAUUGGAUGGUCAACAGACAAGCUACCAUUUCCCGUUGACCCCUUUAGAUAUCGCCUUGAACUCCCAGGAUCCCGCCCGGGAAGAAAGUUUGGCUGUAACAUCGACAUCAGCUGCACUGGAAAACUUAGUACAGACCCAUUUAUUAAAUGGCUUCUCAACGAUAGUUGUCGAACCACUUCACUAGAUGAUGUCGCUGAUUUCAGCAAGGAAGAUCAGAUUGAAAUCUGCUUGAAAUUUCUGAAUGCUCUUCUACGUGCCGAUCCAUCAAAAAGAUUUAUGAGUGGCCAUGGCAAUAAAUCAACAGCAUAUUUCCAUCGUACGCCAGAAACAACAUCAAGUCUCACAUCCGCUAACCGGGUUCUCGAAGCCUGGCGCGGCUUCUAUCAAAAUAUCGCUGUACGCUUUGGGAAACUCACUGUCAAUGUGGAUACCAUAACUGCAACAUUCAUCAAACCUGGUAUCAUCUUUUUAGAUGCGAUUUGUGGUUUAGCAAAUAUAAAUAUACUGCAUGCUGAAGACGUAUACCACGCAGAGCCCCAGAGACUGAGGGAGAUUGUGAGGAAGUUUAUUGGAGUUGGAUUCAGAAUUAGACACAUAAAGGAAGGUCCAAAGAAGGACCUGGUGAGGCGCGUUAUGAGACUAACUGAGCAUGGCGCAUCCAGAGAGAUGUUUAGUAAGAGAAGAUUUGACAUAGAUCCAGUUACCGGCGAGGAAACAAUGACGAUGGAGUCAAUAAGUGUUGAAGAUUACUACAGACAACAGUAUAACAUGAUUCUGAGAUUCCCACAACUACCUAUGGUUGUAUGCAGAAAGGAGGGGAAGUAUCCGUUAGAGUUAUGUUAUGUUGCUGAUGGUGAGCGCUGGACCGAGGCCCUCAAAGGUAAACAUACUUCAGAUUUUAUCAAGUUCGCAACUGCACCGCCACCCGCCCGCAAAGAGCAGAUCUGGGAGAAUGUGAAGGUAAUUGGUUGGCAUAAGCAGCGUGUACUCAAGGAGUUUGGGGUGUCGGUAAACCCGGCGUUCAUGCAAGUCGAGGCGAACGUUUUGAAACCUGUGAUUCCUAUCUACCAAAGAGGAACCGAAAUCAAUGGACUAAGGGUUCCGGGACGUUGGAAUUUAGAUCGUAAAAUAUUCUAUCAAGCGCAAUCGGUCACUCAAUGGGGUCUAAUCUACUUUCCCGGUGCUCCACGCACUCGUAGGAGCGAUCAUGAGCUUAGGAGACUUACCACAACGUGCUCCAUAGAAUUCAGGAAAUACGGAAUCCAGAUGCCCUCAGGCCCAAUUUUAACCAGUGUCUGUGACCCGCAGGGGGACAUACCCAAACUUAUUCUCGAACUUCUCGUAAAAAUCCAGACCCAGACAAGGGCCCGACCAAAUCUGUUAGUUUUUCUGCUUGAGUUUGAACAGAAAGAUCUAUAUGCACAAAUAAAGCGGAUUUGCGAUACAAAAUUGGGUAUUGCAUCGCAAUGUAUGCUUGCUGACAUGGCCAUUAAAGAGGAAGGUGACAGAGGUGCAGGGCAAUAUUUUGGAAAUGUCGCGAUGAAGAUCAACAUUAAAUUAGGUGGAAUAAACGCAAUGAUUGAGGACCCAAUUCUCAAUGGUAUGCCCACCCUUCUGAUUGGUUGCGAGGCGUCAUACCCAAAUCCUUCUCAACUUCGACUGAUUCCGCCGCCACCGGCGUUUGUCGCGCUUUCGGCAAAUUAUGAUUUGCAUUGCGCACAGUUCAGUGCGGUGACUGAUUCACAAGACCCUUUGGACCAAAAGAUCGUUCACUUCAGGCCGAUGGCACAGGAACUCUUUAACCGCUACAAAGUACAGACCUCACGCGAUCCAGAAAGAAUCAUUUAUUUCCGCGACGGACUUUCUGAAGGAGGAUAUGGGUCGGAAUUGAGGACCGAACUUGAGGAGCUCAAGAAAAUUACCAACGCCCCUAUCACUGUGGUGCUUUGCAUUAAGCGCCAUCAUACACGUUUCUUCCCAGGCCCCGGAGAGAAGAGCGACAGAUCUGGAAACGUAGUCCCUGGAACCGUUGUUGAGAACGGAAAUGGGAAGGAUAUCUUUCUUGUUGCUCAUAUUGCUCUUAAAGGGACCGUUCGUCCUACUCGUUAUGUGGCAGUCUAUGAUGACAAUAAGCUCAGUGCCCGUCAAUUCCAAGAGCUCUGUAACAACCUUUGUUACGGGUAUGGCAGAGCUACUAUGGCAGUAAGCAUGGUUCCGCCGGUUUAUUAUGCACGCCUCGCCUGUGAACGUGCCCGUUUACACAUAGAAAAUAAUGUGAAACUCGAUGGAUCACCGGGGAUGUCUACAUUACCCCAAACCCAUAGAAAUAUACAAUACUCCAUGUGGUGGCAAUGA